CCGGGUUCGGGUGCGGGCGGGCGCUCUGUGGUUGCUCCUCCCCGCCAGCGCUCUGGCCCGGCGCGGGCGGGCGCUAUGCGCAGGCUCGGCCCUUGCCUCAAGAUGGCGGCGGUGGCGGAUAAACAGAAGCACGAGCACGGGCGGGUGAAGAUCGGGCACUACAUCCUGGGGGACACGCUGGGUGUCGGCACCUUCGGGAAAGUCAAGGUUGGAAAACAUGAGUUAACUGGGCAUAAAGUUGCUGUGAAGAUCCUGAAUCGACAGAAGAUUCGCAGCCUUGAUGUUGUAGGCAAAAUCCGAAGGGAGAUUCAGAACCUCAAACUCUUCAGGCAUCCUCAUAUAAUUAAGCUGUACCAGGUCAUCAGUACACCCACUGACAUUUUCAUGGUGAUGGAAUAUGUUUCAGGAGGAGAACUGUUUGAUUAUAUCUGUAAAAAUGGAAGGCUUGAUGAGAAGGAAAGCAGACGUCUGUUUCAGCAAAUCCUUUCUGGGGUGGAUUACUGUCACAGGCACAUGGUAGUACAUAGAGAUCUGAAGCCUGAAAACGUGCUUCUUGAUGCACACAUGAAUGCCAAGAUAGCUGACUUUGGUCUAUCAAAUAUGAUGUCAGAUGGAGAAUUUUUAAGAACAAGCUGUGGUUCCCCUAACUAUGCUGCACCAGAAGUAAUUUCUGGAAGGUUAUAUGCAGGUCCAGAAGUAGAUAUUUGGAGCAGUGGGGUUAUUCUCUAUGCUUUGUUAUGUGGAACGCUUCCAUUUGAUGAUGAUCAUGUGCCAACCCUUUUUAAGAAGAUAUGUGAUGGUAUCUUUUAUACCCCUCAGUACCUGAAUCCAUCUGUAAUUAGUCUUUUGAAGCACAUGCUGCAAGUGGAUCCAAUGAAGAGAGCAACAAUCAGAGACAUUAGGGAACAUGAAUGGUUUAAGCAGGAUCUUCCAAAAUACUUGUUUCCUGAAGAUCCAUCAUAUAGCUCUACCAUGAUUGAUGAUGAAGCCCUAAAAGAAGUGUGUGAGAAAUUCGAAUGCACUGAAGAGGAAGUGCUAAGUUGUCUGUACAGCCGAAAUCAUCAGGACCCUCUAGCUGUUGCUUAUCACCUUAUUAUAGAUAACAGAAGAAUAAUGAAUGAGGCCAAAGACUUCUACUUGGCGACAAGUCCUCCGGAUUCUUUUCUGGAUGAUCACCACCUGUCUCGCCCUCACCCUGAAAGAGUGCCAUUUUUAGUAGCAGAGGCACCACGUCCUCGCCAUACCCUUGAUGAGCUGAAUCCACAGAAGUCAAAACACCAGGGUGUAAGACGGGCUAAAUGGCACUUGGGAAUACGGAGUCAGAGUCGACCAAAUGAUAUCAUGGCUGAAGUUUGUCGAGCAAUUAAACAACUGGAUUAUGAAUGGAAGGUUGUAAAUCCAUAUUAUCUGCGUGUUCGGAGGAAGAAUCCAGUAACAAGUGCAUAUUCCAAAAUGAGUCUCCAAUUGUAUCAGGUGGACAGCAGAACAUACUUACUGGACUUCCGUAGUAUUGAUGAUGAAAUUACUGAAGCAAAGUCUGGGACUGCAACUCCACAGAGAUCAGGUUCUGUGAGCAACUAUAGAUCUUGUCAAAAAGAUUCAGAUGCUGAUGCUCAAGGAAAAUCUGCAGAUACAUCCCUUACCUCAUCAGUGAACUCUUCGCUUGACUCUUCCACAGCUGAUGUAACUACAAGACCAGGGAGUCACACAAUAGAGUUUUUUGAGAUGUGUGCAAAUCUUAUUAAAAUACUUGCACAGUAAUUUUGAAGAUGGGCUUAUUUCUUUUACAGCAAUAAGCAUGCCUAAAUCUUAGUCAGAUGCUUCCAAUUAUAAUCAAGUGAAAUUAACUAAGGCGCUGAAAAAGCUAGCCACAGAAUGCAAAUUGCAUGGGGAUUAAAAUUAUUAUGGACAGUUAACAUAUAUUAUUUUGAAGCUGGAGUGAAUUCUGAUUGCCUGCUCUCCAAUAGCAUAACACAGGUACAAGAAAUAACAUGCCCUUUGGGUAGUUUGUAACAUUUUACCAUGAAUGCAAAAUAGGCUGCCUAUAACAUUUAAGCUAGAUGGACCUCCUUGUUUUUUUCUCUGGUUAUACAAAUAUCUGAUGCACUGUAAGUUAACAUACACAUACUAGUUCAGUGAUCUCAGUAUGACUUUUGUUGGUCACCCUCUACAGUUGUGACUCAGAACUAUCAGCAUCUCCUAACAGUAAUGUAUUAAAACUGCUGUGUUUCUUCCCCUUAUUUGACAGAGAAUAAUAAAGAAUGCUUUGAUGCGUUACAAUGUACUACUUUUAUCAAAAAGUGUUAUUAAAUGCAUGCAAAUC